AUGGCCAACCGCUACUCGUCCUACUCGAGCCACUCUGGCGCCGGGCAGAGGACGAACACGAUGCAGGGCGGCGGCUCACACCAGGUCUCGACCACAUCACUGCUCGCUCAACUCAACACAUGCUUCGCCAAUGGCCAGCCAUAUCCCUUGGAAUCCAGCACGAGCUUGGUCGUGAAUACAUGGGCGAGUGGCGAGAUCAUCGAUGAAGAGCUGGCGAGGAAGGCUUGGGAGCAUGCACGCCGCAGAGCAGAGGAUGGGUGUAUCGUGCUCGGCUCCCUCCAUCGUUCGACACCGAGUUUGCUGCAGCCAUUCGCUACUGCGCUACCACUUUCUGUUCCCAACUCGUUCUACACAGCUGUUAAUGCUCUGCGGCCUUUCUUGCAGCGCGUCACGCCCUACAAUCCAUCAGAACCAUGCUACUCGGCGCUUGCGGCGACAUUCACACUUUCGCUUGAAGGCGAGAUUCAGGGCGCUUCUCUGAGUCUCUCGACAUCCGGCAUUGACACGCAGAAGGGCCUCUUGAAUGUCCCAGCGGAGCACGGCAACCGUGCUUUCGAUGUCUUCUACUACCUCCUGACCAGCAGCACCAACAAGGAGCGAGAUGCGCUCGGACUCAAGACACCAAACCAAUAUGCUCUCCUCCGCAAGAGCGAGACAUACACCUCUCCUUUAUACCUGCCGACGGGCGAUGAUGCCGCCAGUGCGGAGGACUGGCGAGAGUCGCUCAAGAUGCUCGGCAUCAAGGGCGCAGACUUCCGGAAUCUUCUCACCACGGUAUCCGCCAUACUACGCCUCGGAGAUGCUGUGGGCUACCUUGUCGAUCAGGAAGAGCUGGGAGAGACAUGCGAGGAGGUCGGCAGCUUACUCGACAUCGAGCCGGAUGUCCUUCUCAAGAAGUGUGUCACUGAAGAGCGCGAGAUACUCAUUGCGGCCAUCUACGAAGCUCUCGUGGACUGGAUUAUCGUCAAGAUCAACGAUGCCAUCAGGACAGAAAUGCGGACAGGGCAGGCCAUUGGCUCGGGCAGCAGCGAUGGCGGCAUCAACACACCUCCCAGCAGCCAAGAAGAUGGCGUCUGUGCGAGCAUCACGGUCGUCGAGGUACCGAGUUCAAGCCUAGGCAAGGCUGUGAGUCUAAAGACCAUCUUUGACGACUCCACGGGUAUCAACGCGGAGAUGAAGGAAGAUGGCGUGCAGUACGUCCCUGCUGGAUCUUCUGUGCAACGCGAGAUGAAGGAGGCGUUUGCACAGAACGGGGCGGAUCUCAACGAGGACAAUGGACCGGCUGCCAGAGAUCGGGAGCUUGCGCUUGAUCGGAGGCAGACGGCUUUGGAGAAGAUUGGCGAGGAAGCCGAGUCGGACAGCUUCAUGAGGCGGAUCCUAUACCCAGUAUCCGGCCAGGGCAUCAACCUGGGCAAGACUGGCCGCUUCAACCUCAGGAACACAAUGGAAAGCAGCAGAGUCUGGUUUCAUCUCUGUUUACACCCCACAGAGGACUCACCCGCGACAGUGGCACAGCAGAGCCUUCCUUGGUCUGCAGGAUCAGUUUCCAGCCAGAUCCGCGCAUGGCGUCUGCCUGAAUGGGCAAACCACCGGAAUAAGCAACUGGACCUCACAGCAGACUUCGACAUCGACGAGUUCGUGGACCGCUACAGCCGACUCGGCUGCCACGCUGGUCGCGAAGGCGUUGAGGCCUGGAUCAUGGAGCGUGGCUGGAGCAAUGGAGAGGUCAUUGUCGGCCACGAGCGGAUCUGGAUGCGCGAGCAAGCCUGGUGGGAAGCCGAGAGCAUGCUCGACAUGAAGCCGAUCGACGACAUACCGGCUGGCAUGCUCGGCGGCAUGAUUGGUGCUGGCGGGCUGGAGACCGGCUACUCUCACCAGAGCGACGCAAUGUCCAACCCAUUCUUCUCCCAGCAGUAUGAGACAAACGCCUCUCAGGACAACCUCGCCUCUGGCCGUGCUAGUCAGAUGGCUCCUAGUUAUUUUGGUGGUGCAAAGUCCAUUGCGCCUACCGCUGCUCCUACCACGCGUACUGUCGGCGCUGGCGACUACGGUCUCGGUCGGAAAGGCGACAACAAGUAUGCCGACGUCUCGUACGAAGGCGAGAUCGACCCUGAGCUGGCUGAAGGCAAGGAGAUUGAGGUGGAGAAGACCUCCUUCGGCCGCAGGGUGUGGGUUGCUAUCGCAUGGGCCGUCACGUUUUGGAUGCCUUCCUUCCUACUCAAGCAUGUCGGACGUAUGAAGCGACCCGAUGUGCGACUAGCUUGGCGAGAGAAGGUUACGCUUGUUUUGAUCAUCCUCCUCAUCAACGGCACUAUUAUCUUCUGGAUUGUCGGAUUUGGCGACCUUAUUUGUCCGAACUGGGACAAGGUCUGGGAUCAGCAAGAAGUCGGCUAUCAUCAAGGCGAAAAGGACUACUGGGUCUCGUGGCGUGGUGGUGUUUACGACAUGACUGAUUUCUGGAGACUUCAGCACUCGGACACUAAUAUCCAGACCACCUCGGAUCUCAUGCUUCCAUUCGCCGGCACGGAUGUGACCGACUACAUCGUACCGCCGCUCUGGCUUGCUUGUCCAGGUCUGGUGGAUUCGAGGCAGUUGGCGAUGACGCCCAAUAAGACUCUUCUGUAUCCACAAGCAACGCAUCCCUCUGGCGAGUGGGCGCAGCCAGACCCAGGCUCGAAGCUGCACAACAACCAUUGGUACGACAACACAUUGAUACCAAAGAUGAAGGAAUAUUGGAAGGGCGACCUCGUCACUUCGAUGGACAAGAUCAAGAAGGAGGGCGAGAACUCGCAGCAUUACUGGUUCGUCUUGAACAAGAAGGUCUACGAUCUGACGGAUUACUUCUCCACGCUCAAGCUUCAGAACAACCUUGACCAGUACAAAUUCCUCGGCGAUGGGGUCACGGAGCUGGUUCAGUCGAACCCCGGCAAGGAUAUCACGGAGCUGUGGGAGAACAGCAACUUCAACCGGACAUACAGAGGCAACACCCUGAACUGCUUGGACAACAUGUUCUACGCUGGCAAGACCGACUUCCGCGACACGGCUCGUUGCCAGGUCAACAACUACAUCCUGCUGGCCUUCACCAUCAUCAUCUGCGUGGUCAUCGGAGUCAAGUUCCUCGCGGCCUUGCAGCUGGGAUCGAAACGGCGACCAGCCCAACAGGACAAAUUCGUCAUUUGCCAGGUCCCCGCUUACACCGAAGGCGAAGAGUCUCUCCGAAAAGGUCUCGACUCCCUCACCGCGCUUGCCUACGACAAUAAGCGCAAGCUCAUCUGCGUCAUCUGCGACGGCAUGAUCGUCGGCGGCGGCAACGACCGCCCUACCCCGAAAAUCGUCCUCGACGUCCUCGGUGUGGACCCUAAGAUCGACCCGCCGGCCCUGCCCUUCAAAUCCGUCGGUAACGGCAGCGAGCAGCUGAACUACGGCAAAGUCUACUCCGGCCUCUACGAGUACGAAGGCAACGUCGUCCCCUACAUCGUCGUCGUCAAAGUCGGCAAGCAGUCUGAGCAGAGCAAGUCCAAGCCCGGCAACCGCGGGAAGCGCGACUCCCAGAUCUUGCUCAUGAGCUUCUUGAACCGCGUGCACCACCGUGCUCCGAUGAACCCGCUGGAGCUGGAGAUUUUCCAUCAGAUCAACAACAUCAUAGGUGUGGAUCCGGAGCUGUACGAGUACUUGUUCAUGGUCGAUGCGGACACGAAGGUGAAGGAGGAUUCGCUCAACAGGCUUGUUGCGUCUUGUGCGAACGAUGGGAAGAUCGCGGGCAUUUGUGGCGAGACGAGUCUGGAGAAUGAAGAGAGGAGUUGGUGGACGAUGAUUCAGGUGUACGAGUACUUCAUUUCGCAUCAUUUGGCGAAGGCUUUUGAGAGUUUGUUUGGGAGUGUUACUUGUUUGCCUGGAUGUUUCUGCAUGUACCGACUGCGAACGGCAGACAAGGGACGCCCUCUCAUCAUCUCGGACAAGGUCAUUCACGACUAUGCAGACAACCAGGUCGACACGCUGCACAAGAAGAACCUGCUCUCGCUUGGUGAGGAUCGAUAUCUCACGACGCUCAUGACGAAGCACUUCCCGCAGAUGUCGUACAAAUUCGUGCCAGAUGCGUAUGCACUCACGGAAGCCCCUGCCGAAUGGAGCGUCCUGCUCUCCCAGAGACGACGAUGGAUCAACUCGACAAUCCACAACUUGGCGGAAUUGGUGUGGCUCAAGGAUCUUUGUGGCUUCUGUUGCUUUAGUAUGCGCUUCGUCGUCUUCAUCGAUCUUUUCGGCACCAUCAUCCUCCCGGCCACCUGCGGAUACCUCGUCUACCUCAUCUACAACGUCGCCUCCGGCACCGGCCAAUUCCCACUUAUCUCGAUCGUCAUGCUGUCUGCCGUCUACGGCCUGCAAGCCGUCAUCUUCAUCGUCAAGCGGCAAUGGCAGCACAUCGGCUGGAUGAUCAUCUACAUUCUCGCCUACCCUAUCUGGUCCCUCAUUCUACCCGUCUACUCCUUCUGGAAACAAGACGACUUCUCCUGGGGCAACACCCGUGUCGUGCUCGGCGAGCGCGGCGACAAGAAAGUCGUCGCCACCGAAGACGAGGGCUACGAUCCUAGAAGCAUCCCGCUCCAGCGCUGGGACGACUACGCCGGGCAGAACAACCUCCCCGGCCGUCGUGGGUUGCCCCUCGAAAAGGAAGCAUCGGGCUACUACGAGACCGGCCCGGGCGGGUAUGAAAUGGACGACAUCCACUCCGUCUACUCGUCCGUCAAGCCGGCUUCGACUAUUCUGACAGGCAUGCCCGGGAGCCAAAUGUACCGCCCCCCGCAGUCUCCUGCGCCUUUCCGCCAAACCGGCAUGACCGGCUACGCCUCCACACAACGCUACACCGACCUCCCCACCGACCAGCAAUCCCGCCUCAUGUCCAUGGGCGGCAUGUCAGACCAAUACCAAAACUCCUCCCGCCACGCUUCCCGCGACAACCUGCUCUCCAUGGCUUCCCCGCACAUGCAACAGCAACCCGACCGCUCGCGCUCGCCCUUCCCGCUCCAACAGCAGAGCAGGCCCGCGAGCACGCUGCACGGGUUCCAGCAGCAGGGCCCGAGUAAUGAGGCGAUCUCGGCAGCGAUCCGGGAGUGUCUGGGCGAAGUGGAUCUGGAUCGGGUGACGAAGAAGCAGUUGAAGGCGUUGGCGGAGCAGAAGUUGCAGUGUCAGCUUGUCGGGGAGCGGAGGGCGUGGUUGGAUGAGCGGAUUGAUUUUGAGUUGGCGAAUAUGUGA